GAGGGUGUGUGAGGGGGGCUGAGGGCUGGUGGCGGCCAGAUUGUUUACGGUCCUCAUCGACCAGUGACCCUCACGCACUCAAUGGAGCACUCGCACUCAAUAGAGCACUCUUGCACUCUCUGACACCCACACUCAAGUGGUAGAGUGUAGGGGGAGGAUGAUAAGGAGCCUCGGUGGCUGUAGUUCUCGGUGACGCUGGGUGUGUGUGAGUUGGCUGCAUUGAGUGCAAAGAGUGCGUGCACUCUGCACUCAGCUGGACACUGUAGAAAACGUUGUUCCUCUUAGGUGUCAUGAAGAAAUGAAGGCCUGCAAAACUAGGAGUUUGUACAAGGCAGGUAUAACCAUAGCCUCCGUUGCCUCUGUCCAGGGGUUAAGCAAAAGUACAUACUGUACAAAAGAAACAAGAAGAUUGCAAGAUUCCUAGGGAAUGGCAAAAAAAGGGACUGAGAUUAUAGUAGAAAACGAUGAGAUGGAGGACGGAAGUAUCUUCGUGUGUUUUAUGUGUGAGAAGGAGUUCAACAAGGUUUCUCUUCUCAAUGAUCACAUGCAGAUGCAUCAAAAUAUGCCAGAGAUGCACAAAGAGUUGCCCACUAGACGUAGAGGUCGUGGAAGGCCAAGUGGGUCGAGAGGAAGGGGCAGAGGACGUCCGAGAGGUCGGGGUAUACACGAGUUUGUGCAGAUCAAAGAAGAACCAAUUGACAAUGCAGUGUACAUUAAGUCCGAACCAGAAGAUAUGUAUUGUCCCUCACCGGUUAAAAAGGCUCAACGUAUCAGACAAUAUUUCCAAAGCCGUGGCAGAGGCCGAGGGAGACCUAAGAGAGUUCUGCCAUCAGAAGAUGCUGAUGAUUUAGUCGAUGUAGAAUUACAGCUUAUUGGAGAGGAAAUGAUGAUGAUCCCACCCCCUUCUAAGAAGUCAGGCUCUGGUCCUACCAUAAUGAAUGCUGAGCCAGAUGGAUUUAUUUGUCCACCAUCAAGUACCUUCAGCCCACCAGCCAAAAAGAACGUUAGAAUAAGAAAAAAACUCAUUGUUCAAGAAGUUGUUUACGAGGAAAUCCCCGAGGAUGAAGAUGAUGAAGACGGGAGUGAAACUAAUGGCUCCUGUUCCACCACUAGUCAAAUGAUUAUGAAACACGACAGAAACACAGAAGAAGAUGAAGAAGAAGAAGAAUGUGAAAAUGAGGAGACGUAUGAUGAAGAUGGAUCAGAAGAAAUAAUUGAGCUCUCUGAAGAGGAUGAUGUAAUGGAGUUUCCAGCCAACAUUAGUAAGAAGAGCAAAAAUUAUUUAAACAAAAGACCUGGUAGACGUUCCCAGCCCAGGACCACAGAGGAGGAAAGUGGCAUACCCUGUGAGGAGUGUGGUAAAGAGUUCCGGUCUGUUACAACUUUGCGUGUACACAUGAAAUCUCACUUAGAAGUAAAGGAUAUUCCGUGUCCAUAUUGUGAUGAAACGUUCCCUCAACGCCAUGUUCUGCACCAGCAUCUGGUUAAUGACCAUGAAGAAUCAAGUAACCUUACUUGUCCUGUUUGUCAAAAGGUGUUUACUCGAACCGAUUCCUUGAAGUCUCACAUGGUGCGAAUGCAUGAGGAGGAUGGUGGGCUCAAUUGCUACAUAUGUGGCAAGAACUUUCCAAGUCAAGGUCAACUUGAAAUGCACGUUAGAGUUCACACAGGUGAAAGGCCAUUUAUUUGUAAUUACUGUGCCAAGGGCUUUGUGCAGAAGGUGCACUUACGGACACAUCUUCGAACAAUGCACAAUAUGCAGGAGAUUCAAAACACUCCAUGCAGAAUAUGUAAUGCAAUGCUAGAUGGCAGAGCUGGUCUCAGGGAACACUACAGUACUAUACAUGGUCUUACAAAUAAUCAGUACAAGUCUAAAGUUGCUAAACUAAGAAAGGAAGGAAAAAUACCAGAACUUCCUCCUCCCGUUGUGAAGGAAGUUGAUCCGUCUCUAAAUUAUUAUAAAGUAAAUGUAUCGGAGGUAAUGUCACAACCCACUACUUCUGUAACUACAACAAAGACCUAUAAACGCAAAGGUGCUGGAAAAUUACGGGAAAUUCGGAAAGCAAUUUCAUCGGUAGCACGAAGUGUCAACAGUGGCACAAGCACAGACGAGCCAACAUUCGACACCCUUGGAGUUAAAAUAGAGGAGGAAGAUACACCGAGACGGAGGGACCAAGAGGAACUAAAUAUUGUGGAGUCUGCAUUUAAGGUUGCUGAACAGAUGGAUCAGCUGGAAGGUAAUGUAUCAGGGAGCACCACCAUCCUCGUCGCCGGUGAAGACUCGGCUACCACGGGGGUGUAUUAUGCCAUCCCUGUAGUGAUGGAUAAUACUGCUACAUCAACGGCCACUACAACUGCACAUACAUUCUUAGCUACAACUUCAAUCCCAUCUCAACAGCAGCAUACCUCUACCACCAUUACAAACUCCAUCACUACGAACGGAACAUCGAUGAUUUCUUCGGCCCCUGUGGUAUCGUCGGGUCUCCAAGAGGUUAAUUUGGGACAGGAGGAUAUAGAUGAAGAAUAUGCACAAUUUGCAGCUGAACAUUCACAUAUCGGAAGUGAGAACUUUAAUGCAGAUAGCUUAGGCAACAAGGGCUCAAUUGUUAAAGCUGAGCCACUGCAGCUUUUCACAGACCCUAGUGAUCCUUCACAAUCUGAAACAGUUGAAAUGUUCACUAUGUGAACAUUCUUUAUAAUUAAAUUAUUUUUGGUUUGUAAAAUCUGUCAAAGUAUUUUAUCUUGUCUUGUAUAAACUGAUAUACAUGAUCAUCUUGUCAGUCACUGGAUCAUAAAUGUGUUAUUGCACUGAUAUGAAGCAGUGAUUUAAGCACAGGUACAUUGCCAUGAGAGGUUGUUCAAAAUAAUAACAAUAUUUUAAGUAAGAGUAAUUUAUGGUUUAGUGUGUUCUAUAUUAUCUUAUUAAGAUAGUUUUUUUUAAACCCCCUCCCCCCCCUCACUCUUUGCUUACCACCAAAGAUAUGUACUGAGUUUUUGUAUAGAGUUUUGUGAUUUUAGUCAUUACUAUUAGCAGUUUGGUAAGCCCUUUCUACCUGCGCUUUCCAUUUAAUUAUUUUUAUAGAAAAUGUAAAAAAUUCUGGCUAUUUCUAGAUAAGCAUGUAGAUUUUUGUUUCUUGAAUUUAUUAUGAAUUACAUAUUAGAACAUUCCCUACCAGAAGAUGUACAUGAAUUUCUGUAUAAUUGUAGGACAAAGGUCUGAUAUAUAUUCAUAUCAUAUAAAGACUUGACAAUUAAAAGAGGAUCCAUUAA